CUUGUUGUUUGACCCACAUCCUGUUAAUUUAUGCCCUGGCGUCAUAUAUUUUUGUUGGUGAAAUUCAGUAUUCAUUUUAAAAGCAAACAAAUAAAGUGAAAAUUAUUAUAUUAACAACAAUUUGGGGAGGCAAAGAGUUCUUGGUAAAUUUUCAACGAGUGACAGUCGCAGUUAAAAUAUACUAAAUAAAAAAAAGGAAAAAUAAAGCUUCCAGAACAAAUUUGUGGUGGAUUAAAUUGGAUUUUUGUGUUUAACAAAAUGUCUACAGCACCACGUAAAUUAGUGGUCGCUUUGAUAGUAAGUGUUUUGAUAAUAGCGGCACCAAUAUGUGAAGCCAAAAGGUCUUUGGGUGGCAGCAAUCGGAAAUCUUCAUCAGGCGGUGGUUACAGUACACGCCGUCAGCCUACCAGUGUUACUAAGCCUACUUAUAACACCAAUAGUGGUAGUAGCAGUGGUAAUUCCCAUGCUGAUGCUGCUAAACUCAGCUAUCCCAACUAUAAUUCUCAACCUAAUCGUCCGGCCAAUACUCCACCAGCGAACAAUCAGCCUAUAGGCUGGAAUGUGCCCAAUCAAGGAAAUGCCGGACCACCACCAGCCUAUUCAGCUUCGAAUGUGGCCGGAGGAGCCAAAACUAAUAUGCAUGAAGCACCACCGGUAUAUCAGAAACCCAAUUAUGGCGCAGCUCCCCCUAGUUAUAACCAAGCUACAGGUACCAACUAUGGCGCAGCACCCCAAUACAACAAUCCAGGUGCCAUGCCUGCUGGAGCUACAUAUCAUAGUCCAAAUAAUCUACCAGCUGGCGCCACAUACUAUAACAAUCCCUCUCAUGUUCCCGGAGGUUAUGGUGGCGGUGGUGGUGCUUAUCCUGCUGGAGGUUAUGGUGGUGGCUACCAUGCUCCCGGUGGCAUGCCUGCCGGCGGUAACUACUAUAAUUCGCCACAAAACUUGCCUCAGGGCGCUACAUAUUUGCCCGCUGGUAAUGCCUUGCCUCCAGGUGCUGUUCUCUAUUCCUCACCACCUCAGCAAACUUCGUCUGGUUUAGGUUUUGGUUCUGGUUUAGCUGCUGGAGCUAUAGGCGGUGCUAUAUUGGGUCAUGUUUUAACACCCACACAAACCAGAGUUGUGGAACAAGCUCCUGCUGCUGCAGCAGGCAGUAGCGAUGGUGGUCACGAUCGCAUUAUAAUCAUUAACAAUGGACAGGUAAUGAACACAACAGAUGCCAAUGGUGUUACUGUGGUUAAUACAGGAGCCACACCAGCCCCUGGAGCACCAGCUGCCGGCGAAACACCCUCACCUUUGGCCCCCAUGGCUGCAGUACCAGCCGAUAUGCCUCAGAAUGCUACUAAUGCAGCUGAUACACCAGCCAUGCCAAUGGCAGCAGCUGCUGCUCCUGUUGCAGCAGCUGAUGGUAGCCCAGCCCCUGCUAAUCCUGAACAACCACCAGCACCAGGCGGCAUUAUCUGUGUGCCAGUACGCGUUAAUGAAACUGAUCCAGCGGAUGCUACCAAAAUGAUAGAAGUUGAAAAGAUUGCCUGUUAUCCAGCUCCACCUCCACCACCUGCUGAAGCUGUAAAUCCAGCAGCUCCAGCUGCCCCAGCUACACCAGCAGAAGGCCCUGCUCCUUUGGCUCCCAUGCAACCCAUAACCGCAGGUUCUUCUUCACAGCAAUUGCAACAAGAGUCUACCAUGAUUGGUGAUCAAACCAUUAAAUCAGCCGAUAAUGCAGCUGGACUGAAAGACAACAGUUUCCUGGCCGCUCUGAUGUGCUUCGUAUUAAGCUAUUUAGUAGCUUAUAAUUAAAUUUGUUUGCAUGUUUAUGAAACUUGCAGCCUAAAAAUCGAACAAACUCAUUAUAUAUGUAUCAUUCUCAAGAAUCUUAAUGUGAAUUAAUUAAUCUGGUCAAAAUAAUUGAAUAUUACUAGCUCUUUAUUAUUGUUAUUUAAAUGUUUAGCAAAAUUGCUGCACUAAUUAAUCAAAUAUUUGUAAUUCCAAACAUGUUUAAUAGCCGUUUAAAUUAACCUUGAAUUCGAAUAUAUCUGUACGUAUUUGUAUACUCAUAAAUUAAACAAAAAACAAACGUGCAUAAUUGUAGUAUACCUCAGUGUAAAAACAAAAAAAAGCUUUAAAAUUUAUUACCUGCAUGAGUAUUUUGUUGCCAACUUGUUAAACUCUAAACUAUUUAAAACUUCCUUUAUAUAUUCUAUAGUAAGCGAAAAAAAGACCCCACAGACAAAAUAUUUUUUUUAUUUUUUUUUGUUAUUACAUUUGUUUUAUUUGCCUGUUUAAAGGACUAGACAGCCAAGCCAACAAAGAGCAUAAAUCAAUAUUAUUGUUAACCUUGUUACAACCUUCAAAAUGUUAUCAAACUUUUAACAUCUUAAUGAAUUAAAAAUAUCCUACACUCCUCCCACGCCCCUUAACAGAAUAUAUAAUUGUAAUUUAAUGGCCUUAAGUAAAUAAAAAAACAUACAUAACUGAAAUUAGGGAAUUUUUCAAAUCAAUUUUUUAUUACUUUUCAUAUUUUUACAUAUUUUUUACUUGUUAUUAUUGACUAUUUACUUUGGCAGCUUUAUUUUUUUUUUUUAUUCAAAUAACUUUAUAAUACAAUAACUAUAUUAUGUAUGUACAAUAAACGAAUAAUGAAACAUUUUGUUAAAAAUUUAUUUUUUCAAUAAAUUUGCACUUUAAAUUACUAAAAAAAAACACACCCCCAACACCACCAGCA